AUGAGCCAGAAGAGUAGUGCUCGCAUCAAAUCGAAACGUCGCACUGGCGAGCCGUGGGUAUCCAAUAACCGCGUACUCAAUAGCGCAUCGAUCACGAAAAAAGGCUGCAACAAUAUCGGACGCAAUCCCAAUUUCGAUACAGACGAAACAAAACUGCUCAUACAAUUGUGGGGCGAUCCGAAGGUGCAGCGCACACUCAUUAUAGCUCACAAAAAGCAUGCUGUGCUCUGCGAUCUGGCGUCCAAGAUGCAGCAAUAUGGCUACUAUCGUUCGCCGGAAGAGAUCAGCACACGCAUCAAGAAUCUCAAAUGUUUCUAUAAUCGCUUGAAGAAGGAAAUUGACUCGGGUUUGGCAUCCGCAGCAGAACCUACUUGGAAGCAUUACGCCGAAAUGGAUGCAAUUAUGAAGCGACCGAUCUUUAGUGUGCGGCCCAAUGAGGUGCCACCACCUUCGCUCAAAUACCAAUUGGAAAAGGCGCGUGAAGAACGGGAGGAGCGUAGGCGUAAGGUAAUCGAAGAGGGCGGCACACUGUCCGACAGCGAUGAUGGUCUUGACGAGCUGGUGGCACUGAGUAAUGGUAAUGCCUCUAAAAACGAGAUCGAUGAUGGUAUAAUACCCGAUGUUGAGGUGGAUAUCAAUGAUGAGGCAUUUGCCGCAAUUGCGAGUGCGGCUGAGAAAACAGUUACAACGCUAUCGGCGACCAAGCGGCGCAAGGUCUCGAAAGCGAGCGAAGGCAGCUUGGAGUUGGGUAGCGAAUAUGAAGAUGAACGAGCUGUUGAAAAUCGCAGCAAUGGUGGCACCGAUAUGAGUGAUGUGCAAAUUAAAGAGGAAAAUGAUAGCAUGGAUAGUGAUGAGUUUCCUUUGUGCAGGCGCAUAAAGCGAAAGUCGGUGGAUGUUGAAAAAACUAAAGCACAAAAGCAAAGUAAAGUUGAGAUGAAUAAAGGAAAAGUUGUUGCAAUCAAAGAGGAGCCCAUCGACGUCGAUGCUGACGAAGAGAUCGUAAAGGAUGUAAUUUCAGCGCCAAAGUCGUUUAUGCCCACACUCAUUGACCGAUUGGCCGACAGCUCGGGGAACAUUAUUAUACCUGUCUCGAGUCCAAUAACUAUUGUCUCUACCGCCACCUGUGCGCCCAAAGCAACCACCAUAACCACGUCCAGCGCAAUGACAAUGGCCAUUGUUUCCACCGCCCCCAAUAUGCCCAAGGCAUCCCCCACAACCACGUCCAGCACACAGUCAGCACCACAGGGAAAAAUUUCUCUGGUACCAACGAAUUUCCUCAUGCAACCCAAACCGCCAACGCCAACCGCCACCGGUCCCACAACACCAGCGCCGUUAAUACCGUUGCACCAGUCGCAAAUUCAAUUGUUACCCAACGCUUUGAAUGCCGCCGGCGCAUUGCAGCCCGGACGCAUUUUGCUAAGUGGCGCGGCAGGAGUAGGUGGCGCACAGGGCACGCCCACCAGCGCAGGCUUUGUGGCUACGGGUCCAGGUGGUAUGAAGCUGCUGUUGGUCAAUGCUGAUCAAGCGGCGGCGCAAAUGGGUGCAUCCAACACGGCUUUGGGCAAAACGUUGUUGCCACAGCUAAAUGCGGCUUUACUACAGCAACAACAACAACAUCAGCAGCAACAACAGCAAAAGCAGCAACAACAAAACCAACAACAACAACAACAAUUGCAGAAGGAGCAACAACAGUUGCAACAACAGCAGCAAGAGCAGCAGGCACAGCAACAGCAAUUGCAGAAGGAGCAACAGCAGCUACAGCAACAACAACAACAGUUAAAAGAGGCAGAAGAGGCCAAAGCGCAGGCUGCCAGUAAGCGCCAGCAAAAGCAGCAGCAUGAAAAACAGCGACGCGACGAACUAUUGUCACGCAAAGAAGCCGCCAACAUGCGCAUACUGCUGCGCCACAUAUAUGUUGCACAAACGGAGAAUAACGAAUUACAGCAGCAGCGGUUGGCGCUGGAGCGCGAACGUUUCGAUUAUGAACGCACGGCAGUAGAGCGUUUCUUCACCGAGCUGCCAAAAUUAUUCACACAACAACAACAGCAACAGCAACAACAGGCACAAGUGCUGCAACAACAACAACAACAAGUAGCCGCUGCAAUGCAGGCGCACACGCAACAGAUGCGCCUGAAUCCGCCAAAGCUUGUGUUCACCACAGCCGCAGUGCCGGGUGGGGCCGCCAGUUUAGCGGGUAUGGCGGGCAUGGCCGGCAUGGCUGGCAUGGCUGGUGGUGCAACCAUACUGACACCAACUAAACUAACGGCGAAUGCGAUGCCCAAGUUGGCGCCGGCGCCAACUGCAGUCAUAACGCAAGCCUCAAUGCCGGCGGCAGUGACAGUGACAGUGCCACCAGAGGUGCCCGUGGACACGCAAACUGGUGAUGUGCAGUUGGUGACGCCAAAGGUAGAGCAAGAUGACUGAAGCGCACUAAAGUUGAGAAAUAAUGAAAGGCGCAAGUUGUGCUUCUAAUAACUGUACUUGCAAAAUACUCUUUUUGGCGAUGAUAAAAUAGUUGGGAAUGAAUGAGUUGAAUGAGAAAUACCGAAAGCACA